GCCUGGUGUAGGCCAUCACGGUUUGCACGGCGUUCCUGAUCGUCAGACGUUCAGCGAGAUUAAGUACCCGCAAAACGAGCUCAUCCACCUGGGCGAAUACUCCAAAGGGUACCUUCCGGGCGACAUGAUCCACGAGAUCAAGCACAUCGCCAUCCCGAAACCGGAACCGUAUCCUGUUAAAAUCGAGGUCCCGCAUCCCUAUCCAGUGCAUGUGGCAAAGCCCUAUCCAGUGGUAAAAACCAAAUACGUGAAGGUUCCGCAUGCGGUUCCCUAUGAAAUCGUUAAGCCCGUACCUGUACCAGUCGAAGUGCCCAAACCUUAUCCUGUGCCUGUUUACACCGAUACGCGCGGGGCUGGUUCUUCACACGAUCAUGGAUCUGCUGGGUCUGUUGAGCAUUCAAGCAGUUAUGAAACCGAUGAAUAUUCUUCAGGACAUGAUUAAUUGCGCAAACCUGGCCAUAUACCAUGAGUUUUAAACAAAUUAUCGUUAGCUA